AUGAAGAUUCGUUUGGUUGUAUACAAUGGCGGAAAGUGGGAAAUCGUUAACGGAAAGUUGGAGUAUGUUGCUGAUGCUUAUUCAAGUAGACGUGGUUUAGAAAUUGAACCCAACCUUUCAUACACUGCUCUUCUAAGUAAAGUGUCAAACAUGUGUAGUUCUACAAACAUUACGAAGUUAUCGUAUCGGUUGUCUUCCUUUAGUGAUCCAAUAGAUAUAAUAAAAGAUGAAGAUCUUGCAAACCCAAAUGUUGUUGCUCAUUAUUUAAAAGAACCUUUAAAAGAUAGUGGAAGAAUAUAUCGUUGUAAUGAAAUAGUGAAAGAUUUUAGACAAAGAUUACAAGUUGAGAUAACCACUAGUCAAGCUUGGCGUGGAAAAAGUCUGGCACUAGAGCUUUUACAAGGAUCAAGCAAAGACUCGUUUGCAGAACUACCACUUUACUGUUACAAUCUAGAGCGGGCAAAUCCUGGUUCUGUUACACAUAUCAAGACUGAUGACGAGCGUCGGUUUGAGAUGGUCUUUGUCGCGAUUGGUGCUGCGAUUCGUACCUUUAUAUGUAAUUUAAGACCGGUGGUGAUCAUUGAUGCUGCACACCUAAAGGGUGAAUUUAAAGGGACGUUAUUUUUAGCGGUCGGGAUGGAUGGAAACAACCAAAUUUUACCAAUUUCCUAUGGAAUAGGAAAAUCAGAGGAUGGUGAAUCUUGGACAUGGUUUCUGUCAAAGCUUAAAGAAUGUAUCGGUGAAAUACCUGAAAUGGCCAUAAUUUCGGAUAGAGCGAAUUCUAUACAUCUGGCUGUUCGAAACGUCUUUCCACAUGUUUAUCAUGGGUUAUGCUGUCGUCAUUUAAUGAUGAACCUACGUUUACCCUCUGAUAAAAAAAAGAAAAUGAGAAGCUGUGGUGGAAGACAUGCAAAUCGUACCGAUUGUCUGAUUUUAACGAGUCAUUUAAUGCUCUUUGUCUUGCCGUUCCUAGACGCGGAGUCUAUUAACGCUUUAUCUAGACACUCGCGUAAAAUGCCGGUAACACAACUCUUAGAGUUCUUCCGGCAAUCUGUACAAAAGUGGUUUUACGAUCGCCGUUUGCAAGGUAUACACGAAAAACAUUUACUUACACAAUGGGCACAGAAGAAAAUUUUUAAAAAAAUUGAAGGGUCUAGAACAUGGACGGUUGCUGGGAUUGAGUUAAACAGUUAUUCUGUUGCAGACAGUGGAAAGGGGGGUUUAGUGGACUUUGUUAAUGGAACAUGUAGUUGCCGAGUUUGGCAGGUUUCUGGUUUACCAUGCGGGCAUGUUAUUGCCGUUUCAAAAUUUUUAGGUGAAACCGAUUGCAGUAAGUAUUGCUUCCCGUGUUACUCAAACGAAGUCUAUAAGAAAACUUAUGAAGAAGCGAUUUAUCCUCUUCCUCAUAGAUCUGAAUGGGAGACUCCAGAAGACCUUAUUAAUCUUCAACUGCCACAUAUGACAAAACGCCAGGCUGGUCGUCCUCGAGAAAACAACCGAAUCUUAUCCCGCGGGGAAGAACCUACUCCCCUGUAUUGUUCCCGGUGUAACUCAUAUGGUCAUCAUCGGGAUGUAUGUCGGCAGCCCAUGCCGUCAGAAGUUCGUACUCGCAAAGACCCAGACAAAGGGAAAGGGAAAGAAACCGAUAAUCCUGAGCAUUUUACACAAUCUCCUGCUGAUUAUAUAUAUCCGUCUUUCAACUUGGGAGACUUUUAA